AUGUCGUCCAUCAUGGCAGAUAACCUGACUCCCUGGAGCGAGUUCGACGAGUACGAAUGGAUGAAAAUCAAGCUGAAAUGCUCGGAUGAGGAUAGACUCUCAAUCAAGGGCUGCAGCACAAUCAUUCAGAUCAGGGAGAUCUGGAAAAUUCUCGCUGCGCAAGGAAAGGCAGUACUGUAUCAAAGUCAACGGGAGGAGGAGAACUCUGUCUUCGGCUUCAACAAGAUCGUGGCGAUCGAUAUUCUAGCUUGCUAUAGGGCCUUUUGCUCUUCCUCCAAGAAUCCCACUCGCUGGGCCAUGGACAAGAUGAGGAACUGCGGCAUGAAGCCCACCAAACACUCGCAGGGCCCUGCGCACCGGGACAUUCGCAAGUCCUGGAAGAGUCUGGUCUACUACCAGGAGUACACGUUUGACCCUAACUACGUGGAGAACAACACCCACCGCAACUGGGUCAACGGAUGCGAAGCUCUUGUCCGCGAAAAAGCUCACCCGAACACUCCCAGGUACAAGAAGAAGAAGGUUCCUUCGCCUCCCACUCCUUCACUUCCUCCCACCCCUUCGCUUUCUUCGACUGCUUCCCCUUCCCUUCGGUCGCUGCCAUCGUCGUCGCAAUCUCCCGAGGAGCAGGAGGUUGGUGAAUGCGAACAUUGCAUCAUGGCGGAAUUUCUCAACAACUCUCCCUGCCCGUUUCAUCCCCCCGCGAGCUCUCAGACUGCCAGCAGCUGCCGCCGUCUGAACUUCGAGGAGGCACCAGCAGAGUGA